CAAGAGGAAAGAAAGUUCAUUUAAGUGGAGAAAGAUAUAAGAAGAUGUACUGUCCAUUCUGUGGUGCCAGCGUGACAUCUUCGCAUGGCUUUUGUGGUGUCUGUGGCAGAGACAUCACAUUUCUAAAAGAUGUGACUAACAAAGUCCCUGAGGAGAUGCCCACCACUAGUGCGCAUCUAAGUGCACAGCCUCGCACCAGUGCAGCAGGAAGCUCAGCUGUAGAGUCCUUUCAGAAAUAUAGGGAAAUAAAAAAGAGGGAGAGACCUUUUUUUACAAAGGGACGGCAUAACUCCAAAAAUAAACAGAAAUUGGUUAAGAUUUCUGUUGGAGUAAUGAGGAGGAUGGAUGGCUGCCUUAAACCUGUGAGAGGAAGGUCACUUCCCCUUAAUGUUGAACCUCAAUGGGCAUGUGAAGAACUGUUGGCUGCUGCCAUAAAAAAGCAGAAAGCCUUUAACCAGGACUUGGAAGAUGGUGCCCAUGUCUUGUUGUACCCUGAUGCGAGGGUGAUAACAAAUAUCCCCGGAACGGACACCCCUUUCACAGUACAGAUGUACAAAGAGGCCAUUGGAAAGCCCUACCAACGAAUUACGUUGUACAUCUGUACUCUUGAAGCCGUUGAAAACAGUUGUUACACUGGAACAACCUCUUCAAGUGACGAGGACAGUGUGGUUGUUGCAAAGUUGCCAUCUGGAGACAGUCUUGCUGACACCGUGGUCAGUUUGGAUCUGUCGUGGCAUUUAUUCUUAAAGUGAAUUUAUUUUAUUUCAGUCAGUCAUUUGUGUGUUGUAUGCAGAUGUGGGACUUUCCAAAUGAACAGAGCACUCCCAGAAUGGACAAUAGUUUGCCAGGGUAAAAUAAAACAUUGUCAACAUGUUAUUUUGUGCCACAAGAAGCAGAAUGUUUUAACAGUACAGUAGUUUGAAUAUAUUUGUUGCUUACCCAAGGAUGUGGUCUCU